AUGGCCAGUUGUCGAAUCCGUGAAGUGCGGCUUGCAAAGAUUGUCAAUACCGUCUUUCGCUCUUUCACCUUUCAGCCUGCUUUCCAUCGGGGGUACCGCAUCCGUCUAUCAGAUUCUGCACAAAUGCAAUGUUCGCUGAUACCUAUGGCACUUAGACCUGAUCCAAACACCCAAGUCCCCGCCGCCUUGGAGACGCAACACAAGCAAAGAAGUUGGCAGACGCGCCAAAGGGAGUUGAAGAAGCGACCCGAAGAAAGAAAAGACGCACAGAACGAAGGAGAGUGGUGCCCUCAUCGACAUCAAAGUGAGUGGUAUCCUGUGAGAUGGCUUCAAAAAGAGAGGCGGAAGGUCACCAUUGCUACUUAUUGA